GACAAGCUCUUUGACCAAGCUGCUACUGGAGGUGACCAAAUGUGUGAAUUUUCUGGUGCUGGAAGAAGUACUUUUGUAGUCUGGAAAUGGGGAUACUGAGAAGAUAGCAUUGUAUGUAGACUCCUGGCAAUAUGGUAGAGUUUGUUUAGAAGUUAUUUUGCUGAGAUAACCUUAAAAUAGGAGUUUGGAUUUGAAAUUCCUUCCUUGCUGACAAAGACAGCACCAAAGAUUCAGACUUUGCUAAAGAUACUGUGAUGGUUAAUUUUAUGUGUCCACUUGAUUAGACCAUGGUGUGCCCAGAUAUUUGGUUAAAUAUUCUGGGUGUUUCUGUGUUUUUGGAUGAGCUUCACAUUUAAAUUGAUAGGUUGAGUAAAGGAGGUUGUCUUCCCUAAUGUGGGUAAGCCUCAUCUAAUCAGUUGAAAGUCUGAAUAGGACGAGAAGUCUGACCCUCUUCUGAGUAAGACAGAAUUCUUCCUGCCUAACUGCCUUUGAACUGGGAUAUUGAUUUUUUUUUCUUGCCUUUGAACUCAAAUUGAAACAUUGUUGCUUCCUGAGUCUCCAACCUGCCAGCCUUUGGACUGAAACUGUGCUGUUGGACCUCCUGGGACUUGCCGGCCUCCAUAAUCAUAUUCUGCAUAUACGUGAUAUCAUACGAUAUUUCUUUCUCGAAGCAGAGAUUCUCUUGAUGGCUUUGGAGAACCUGGUGGGAUGCUAAGCAGAGGACCCAGACAACCUGUGUGCAGACUUCUGACCCAGAGAACUGUGAGGAAUGCAACCAUAUUUGAACAGCACAAAGGAAGUGGAUGGGAGUAAGGCUAUGUUGGAGUAAGGAAACGAUGCCAGAUGGCGAUGUGAAUGUAUGGGGACAAAGGAAGAGAACCAAAAAUACCUCAAAUAUGUGGAUAUUUUCUUGGUUUUGUGCCAUUUUAAUUAUCUUGGCUGUUGCUGGUGUGGACACAAUAGUAAAGACCACACCAUAUACCAAAUUCACGAAGAAGUCUGAGGGAAAAGAGAUGCCAAAGGGUCCAAAGCCAUCCAGUGGCCAACCUCCAGAAGAAGAAGAAACUCCCUUCACAGAAGCAGCUGAAAUGGCAGAACCAACCCCUGACCCCUCAGCUUUCAAUUCUGUCUUUGGUGCUGCCACCCUCUUCCCCUCUGAAAACCUCACUCUUGACACGGCUGAUUUCUUCUUGAAUUGCUGUGAUUGUUGUUCAUCUGGACCAGGGCAAAAAGGAGAACCUGGAGAGACUGGAAAACCAGGUUUUAAGGGAGAAGCUGGUGGUAUGGGGAUCCUAGGGCCACCAGGAGUCACUGGACCCCAAGGUCCAAAAGGCCAGAAAGGAGAGAAGGGACUUAAGGGAGAACGUGGGGAGCAAGGAACAAACGGAGUUCCAGGAUACCCAGGAAAACCUGGAGUACCAGGUGGACUUGGUCCUAAGGGGGAUAGAGGAAAUAUUGGCCUGGCAGGAGUGAAAGGACAAAAAGGCUCGAAGGGGGACACGUGUGCCAAUGGUACCAAAGGAGAUAAAGGAGACCGAGGGGCUGUGGGUGCACCAGGCUUGAAUGGAGAGCCUGGGCCCAAGGGAGACAAGGGGGAGAUGGGGGAUAAGGGCUACUGUGGAGAUUCUGGGGAGAGGGGGGGAAAAGGAGAAAAAGGCGAGGAGGGCAUGAAAGGAGAAAAAGGUAGCAAAGGAGAUAUUGGAAUGGAAGGGAAAAGUGGUUCAGAUGGGCUGCCUGGGCCCCAAGGUGAUCCAGGAGUUAAAGGAGAAAAGGGAGAGUUGGGUCCUCCUGGUCUUGUGGGACCUGCAGGGCCAAAGGGUGAACUUGGGAGCAAAGGGGCCCGAGGGUCUAUUGGGAAGAAGGGCUCUCGGGGCCUCAAGGGGUCCAAGGGGGAGGUGGCCAGAGUCCCACAGUCAGCUUUCAGUGCUGCUUUAUCCAAGCCUUUCCCCCCUCCAAAUGCCCCUAUCAAGUUUGACAAGGUUCUCUAUAACGACCAAGGGAACUACAGCCCUGUCACUGGGAAAUUUAACUGUAGUAUUCCUGGGGCAUAUGUUUUUUCCUACCACGUCACCGUGAGGGGCCGACCUGCUCAGAUCAGCCUGGUGGCCUGGAAUAGGAAGCAGUUCAUGUCCAGAGAAACGCUCUAUGGUCAUGAAAUAGACCAGGCCUCUCUCCUCAUCAUCUUGAAAUUAAAAGCAGGGGACCAAGUCUGGCUGGAAGUUUCAAAAGAUUGGAAUGGGGUGUAUGUCAGUGCUGAGGAUGAUAGCAUUUUUACUGGGUUCCUUUUGUACCCAGAGGAAAACCCUGGCAUUUCACCAUAAACUUGUAUCUUCAACGCUGUAGUUUGGGUUUAGUGGAAUAAGUCAGGUAACAUUGGGUAGUGCUAUUGAAAAAAGUAAGCUUCAUUUUUUUUCAUGAUUAUAAAAAUAGUACAGAAAAAUUAAGAAAAAAUUAUAUCACCUAGAGUCAAUAAUUCCUAUUUUAGAACAUCACCUUUAAAAAAUAUUUAUAUGUAUUUGAGAGCAUGUGUCUAUUAAUUUUGUAGCUAGCUUUUUUCAUUUAGCAUUAUAAUGGCAUUUCUCAAGCCCUUUAAAUAAUAUUUGUAUACAAAAAUAUGAAUGAAAUUUGUAAUAAAUAAAUAUAU